AUGUCAUCAUCCUUCUCGUCAGGUGCAUCGCCGGUGUUGGUGAUUGGGUCUGGUUCUACAGUAGUUACUUGGGAUUGUCGAGACGAAUUAUCGUCUUCCGAAGAGGGACGCCGCUUCUAUCGACCCUUCUCGCCCCCCAACAAUGACACUACUACCAGUGCUAGUACCGGUAGUAUGGCUAGGAUAUCUGAUCUGGCUUGGAAUCACAAUGGACAAGUUCUGGCAUGCUGCUCUACCGCGACCGCUCUGGAAGAUCCAAUACGCAAAAACAUUGUUCUACUGUCAUCCAGUACAGGUUCCAUGCUGGAUUCCUUUCGUCACACAGACUCGUCCAGCGAUCCUACCAAAGGACAUCAAAACCGACGUGCUGGAACAGGACCUGCUGCUACCUGUGUCGCCUUUGGUGGAAAAUCGAGAUAUCUAUGCAUUGGGGAUCAACAGGGAGAUGUCUGCUUGUGGGACCUAAAAAAACAAAGCCGUGUCAGACAAUUCAAAUCUAAAAGACGACAUCCAUGCCUACAAGCUUGUCUAGAUCCUACUGCUACCUACGUUUGUGCUCUCUCGGCUGAAACAUUCACUCUUUUCCAUCUGCGACAAGCAACAUUUGCUAAACAAUGGACGUUUGGAGGUACCCACCACAACAAUAGCAACAACAGUACAAAGGGUGGAUGGAAUCAGUUCCGAUUCUCACCACUUCAGCCAAGCUUAAUGGCUUUGGGGGAUACCACUGGGAGAAUUCAACUCCAUGACGGACUCGAAUAUGAACAACCACAGCUAGUCUGUGGAGGAGGACACACCAGUCAUCUUGCAACAUCAACCUCUCUAUUGCCUCAUCAUGCUAGCCCCAUCACUGGAUUGGCAUUUUCUACACAAAACUCAAAACUACUCGCAAACGUUAGAGCCAAUGGCAUCCUAGAGUUCGUCGACACUAGCACUGGAGAAGUCAUUCAUCAUCAACAGACUGGUGGCAACGCAAGCGCUCUGGCAUUUCAGGGAGUCUCCUGUGUCGUCGGCACAGAAACCGGUGAAGUUCAAGUAUACGAUUUACGCAAAAUGAUGCAACAAUUUGGAAAGGCCGUCACCACUCAUAAGAUGCAAGGUGGCCAGCCCAUUAAGACUCUCGAGUUUGCACCCAUUCCCAAAAACAAUGGUUGGAGUACCACCAGCACAAGCAAUUCUAGUGCUUCCAACAAUAGUACUGCAGUGGGCGUGGCUGGAAGGUCCCGAUCACCACCGUCCCGUCGACCCAGUGGAGGUGCAGUCAGUCUCGGAUUAGGAAAUGCCAUCUCCUUUGAUUUGGAAUCAAGAGCUAGUAUGACUUCGUCGACGUCCUAUGCCGACCCGGUCCCCUCCAUUGUGGCCAAUUCUUCCGGAUUGACCACUGCCACUGAUGCUUCCAAUAUGGUCGUUCGUUCCGGUAACACAGCAACGCUUCUCGGCGAUGCACCGGCCGUGGUAACAGUCGAAGAUCGCAAACCGGCUGCCACGGAGGCUCCUUCCCAUAACAGCAGCAUCAACAACAACAAUAAUACCGGCGGCAUGACAGCCGUCAAACCAAAUCACCAAUCAUUGUCCGUGCAUGUAUCAUCCAUGCGAAUGGCGUCGUCGCAGUCCACAGAAGAGCUCACUGCUUCGCCCGCUGCCAAUUCGAACCGCAGUGGUGGCAACCCCUCCACCUUUCACGCCAAUGCCAAUGCGGCUGGCUCGAGCGACAAGUAUCAAGGGGCCCCAAACACUGCCAAUGCUGCCCCACAACCCAUGGCGGCAAAUACCCCUACAACCAAGUCACGGUCAAACGAACUACCCACUCGUACGACUGCUUCGAAUUCUAGCAGUAUCGGGAGCGACAGAUUGCUAUCGCAAAAGACCACCCCUACGUCGCAAAUGUCGGCAACGUCCAGUGCUGCUGCUAGCGGAGGUAGGUCUGGCAUCUCGAAUCAACAAGAACAAAAGGCUGCUGCAAAGAAUGGACACGAUAGAGGCAGCAGCGGCUAUACUCGAGUCAACCGACAGUACCAAAACGACAAUGCCAGCAACACUGCCGCUGGUGCUGGUUACACUGGUCCUCAUGGUAGCCCAACCAGUCGCAGUUACCGUGGCAGCAACAAUAAUCACAAUGCUACGGAACCACUUUCUUCAUCCAGUAGUACCAGCAGCGUUAGCAACAACAAGCAUUUUCAUCCAACCUCCGAAAUGGCCACCUUCCUGCAAAGCAUGAUGCGACAAGAACUGCAAUAUCACAUGUUUAGUCUGCAGGAAGACAUGGAAACAUCCAUUCGCAAUCUGCACGUGGACAUGAUUCGUCAAUUUCAACGUCAAUCACAAGAAAUGACGUCCGUCUUACGACAGCAGCAACAUCAGAUCGACCAGCUGAUGCAAGAAAAUGAAUUUCUGAGGAAUCAAAAUGGAGCCUUGCAACGACAGCAACAACGCAAGAAUGGAUACAACCUUCCUUAA